AGUUUUCCGAGCAUCGCGCUUGCGUCGACGAAGAGAAUAUUUUCCAUCGGGACGCGCUUUCCCGACAGUUCUACGAAAGACCAGAGGACGUGUGGAUGAAGAAUGUCGUUACCGCUACCAGCGUACGUCUACGGUGCGCGGACGCCGUAAUCCUAAGAUCACUUGAACUUUAAACCAAACCUCUUCUUUUAUUUUCCACCCUUCCCCCAUUCAUUUCCUUUUCUUUUAUAUUUCCUUUUGCUUUCGCUCCGUCUUUUCCGAGAACCAAUCAAUCCCAUAUUCGAAAUUGCUACGUGAACAUCAUUUUUCACGUCCGCGGUGAUACAGAAAGUUGGAAAACACGAAUUUCUACACAGUGUUCGAGGUCAAAAAGUGCACCCGAGAUGCCAGCAAGAAGUUUAUCGUUCUUCAAACUGGCGGGGUCGGCAAGAAUUCAAUAACGGAGGGCCUUCGCACAGCCCUUGCCCGACUGCGACAGAGAUCAAAUCCCUCUAGUAGCCAUUCGUCCCCAAUCCACCAACCUGCCAACCACCAAUCACAAUCCGCAGCCGGAGGAAGCUGCAGUCCUCACAGUAGUCCCAACAAUCCCAGGAUGACAGUAAACUCGCAGUCGGGCCCCAAAUCUCCCCGACCCCCCGAGGACCUCAUCACCACUGCCACUUCGGCUCUAAGACGUCUCAAUUUCAAGACUGGUCGUUGCACCACAAAGACCAAUAACAAAACACAGGGUCAGAACGUCCCGAAGGUGAUCGUGAUGGGUUCGAGCACGGCGUCGGAGACCACCAUAAACACAAGUACUGAUAGCUCGAACACGAUAGUGACGACGAUGACGGCGACGGAUGGAGACAUGACAGAGGAUAGCAUGGACAUGAACGACCCUCUGGACUACCUGAAUUCAGAGCACGCCUUGGAAGAUCACAAAGGCGCUAGAGCUAUCCUUCAGCCGACGGCUGCUCCAAGCACGCCGCCAUCCGCAUCCAAACAGCGCACACCUCCGACGGCGAAAUAUGAAUCCAGAUUCACCUACGAGGUGAACCCUCCGCCUUCACCUUCUUCGUCGCAGUCGCAUAGGCAUCGAGGAUUAGAGAAUACCUCCAAAGUCGAUAAGCUGAUGGAAGAGCAGCUCACAGCUUUGAAGAUAGAAGCUCGAAGGAGGAACAGUUAUAAGAUCGCGCAAAACGACUUCGACAAGAUCGAGACCAUUCGCGAUGAAGACUGUCCAUCACCGAAGCAGAGGCGCAAGAAAUCAACGCGGAGACACCACUCUCCCAAUAAGUAUAAGGGCGAUAAAUUCGUUUACGAUGAAAAGCACAUCGCCAAGUACAGGAUGACGCCGCCGCUUCCCGAUCUGCGGGUGGACUUCUUCAACGAAACGGUGGACCAAUGCCAAGAUGACAGUUUGUUCGUUCCCGUCUCCGCGGAAAAGCGCGGCAGCGUCUGCCUAAACAAAUGCCUGCGGGAGGUGGGGGCCCAGCUGGACGCCACAGCCACCUCUCCUAUAAAUGUGACCACGAAUCCGAUGGAUAGUUCAGUGCAUUUCGCGGGCAGCAGGAAAAUACCACAAGCAACCAUUGUCGUGCAGCAGCCGUCCUUGAGCGUAGACCACAGCAACAUAUCCACUAUACUCCUGAAGAACGGGUCAGAGUUCAUCUCGAACGUCGAGAGCCCAUCCACCAAAGCGUACAAUCUGAAGAAGCAGCGCGAAGAAAACAUGAAGCAACUGUUGGACGUUACCAAUAACCUGACUCUCGAGGAGAUACACGACUUCGAAAUGCGCUAUGGCAGUCCUCACCAUAAUAGAUCUCAGUCGGUUAAAAUGCCUGGUAGAACGUCCGGUAGACCGAACUAUCUUUGCUUACCACAGCAGAGGUCCAGGGUGGCUUCAAUGCCUAAUACUGGCGUUGAGGAGGAAUACUACAGAUUGAGGCACUUCUCUAUUACCGGCAAGGGCGUUGUGAAUCGGGGAGACAGUUUGAAGAGUCGCAGAUCGAGAUCGAAUAAUUCUGUUGCCUCCAGCAAUUCCAGUACUGAGCAGUUGCCCAGCGCCGUUUCGGCAGGAUCAGCAAGGACCUCAGCAACGUGCAGUCUUGCAUCCUCGAGGGAAUCCUCCACAAGCGUCCCGGGUCCUUCGCCCUACAGAGUCCUAAUGCUCGGAGGACCGGCAGUUGGAAAGUCCUCCCUCGUCUCGCAGUUUAUGACUUCAGAAUAUCUUCACGCUUACGACACCAGCAUUGAAAUGCACAGUCCAUCGCAAGGCGUUCCCGGAUCGAGUCCGAUACAUAAUAUGCAUCAUCUAUUACCGAUCGCCUAUGAGGGAGAUGAUGAGAGCGGAGAAAAGUCUGUUUCCGUGCUGCUGGCUGGGGAGGAAUCCGAACUGGUGUUUAUAGAUUUCACAACGGCGGAGUUAUCGCCGGAGUCUUGCAUAAGAAAAUACAGCGAGCCGCACGCUUUCUGUGUGGUCUAUUCCAGCGCAGAUAGAUCCAGCAUGGAAUGCGCUGAAAACAUCCUGCAGACACUAUGGACUUUGGACACCAUCAGCACAAAGGCAGUCAUCCUCGUGGCCAACAAGGCGGAUCUGGUGAGAUCGAGGGUCGUCUCCACUGAAGAGGGAAAAUCAAUGGCAACGUCUUACGACUGCAAAUACAUAGAGACAUCUGUCGGCAUCAACCAUAACGUGGACGAGCUGCUCGUCGGUAUCUUGACGCAGAUCCGACUGAAGCUGGAGAAUCCCGAGAGGUCGCGCGACCUGUUCCGGAAGCGCAGCUCUUCGAAGAGGAACAGAAAGACGGCCUCCUCGGGUUCGGCAACACCGACCGCCGGCAGCGCACAAAAUUCGCCGAAGAAGUACCGAGGAUCGCGCACAUCGGCCAGUCUCAAAGUCAAGAGUCUCCUUGGGAAGGUCUGGGCCAGGGACAGCAAGUCCAAAUCCUGCGAGAACCUCCACGUCCUAUAAACGCGUGCAUU